GAGCCCUCAGUGCCCAGAACAUUUAACAUAAGAGCAGGAUAGACAUACGCACACACAUACUGCGCUAUCUCCCUAUCCGAAAGCAUUUGACAGAGAAAGUAGAAGUGAAUUCAAAACAACAACAACAACAACAACAACAACAACACAUUAUCCAAAAGGGCAGCACCCUAGUUGGAUUCAACCAGUGAAAAAACCCAACACAUAUUAAUGAUUAUUAUUAUCAUCUGAUUUAGGGAAUGAGUGAAAGGGACACAUCUGAUCUGAACAAUAUUUUCUGAUAGAAAAUUUAAAAAAGUGGAUUUUACUCGUCUUGGACAAAAGGAAGAAAAAUAGAAGAAGACUUUUGAAGAACCAGAAGAAAGAGUGAAAGAAACAGAAGAGAAGAUAUCCUCAUCCUCAGCAGCAGUAGCAGUCUGACCCUGCUCUCUGAGGUGGACUGGUGAUUCCACUCUGCCCAGCCUCGCUGCACUCAUUUUCAGCCUCCAGCACAGCCUCAGGCCCCUACAGGUCCACUUCUCUGGAGGAUGGCUGCAGCCAAGACAGAGAUGCUCCUUCCAGCCCUGCAGAUUUCAGACCCCCUCAGCUUCCCCCACUCUCCCAUGGAUAACUACCCCAAGCUGGAGGAGAUGAUGAUGCUGAGCUCCGCUGGGACCCCCUUCCUCUCUGCAUCAGCGCCCGAGGGAGCAGGCUUCGGAUCGGGGGAGCAAGGAGAGCAAUAUGACCACCUUGCUGGAGAUACGUUACCUGAUAUCUCCAUGAACUGUGAGAAGUCGAUGGGCGAGCAGAGCUACUCUACCCAGCGGCUGCCUCCCAUCUCCUACACUGGCCGCUUCACCCUGGAGCCAGCCACCAACUGCAGCAACAGCCUGUGGGCCGAGCCCCUGUUCAGCCUGGUCAGCGGGCUGGUGGGGAUCAACACCCCUUCCACCUCUGCCCCGCCCUCCUCCGUCUCUCAGACUGGCACCUCUUCCUCGUCCCCGUCCUCUAUCUCCUCCGUCACCAUUUCCUCUCAGAGCUGCAGUCUGAGCUGCUCUGUCCACCACAGUGAGAAUAUCCCCAUCUACUCAGCUGCUCCUACGUACUCCAGCACCAGCUCUGACAUCUUCUCUGACCAGGGCCAGGGCUUCCCUCUCCCCGUGGGGGGGUCGCUCCAGUACCCCCCGCCAACCUACUCCAAUGGCAAGACGUGUGGCUCCAGCUUUCCUGUGCCCAUGAUCCCUGACUACCUAUUCCCCCAGCAGCAGGGGGAGAUAAGCCUGCUACAGGAUCAGAAGCCCUUCCAGAAUGGGUCUGGCCAGCCCUCCCUCACUCCCCUGUCCACCAUCAAAGCCUUUGCCACCCAGACGGGCUCCCAGGACUUGAAAAGUGUCUACCAGUCCCAGCUGAUCAAGCCGAGCCGCAUGCGCAAGUACCCCAACCGUCCCAGCAAGACACCGCCCCACGAGAGGCCUUAUGCCUGCCCCGUGGAAACGUGCGACCGCCGUUUCUCCCGCUCCGAUGAGCUGACGCGCCACAUCCGCAUCCACACGGGCCAGAAGCCCUUCCAGUGCCGGAUCUGCAUGCGCAACUUCAGCCGCAGCGACCACCUGACCACGCACAUUCGCACGCACACUGGCGAGAAGCCCUUCCCCUGCGAGAUCUGUGGGCGCAAGUUCGCCCGCAGCGAUGAGAGGAAGAGGCACACCAAGAUCCACCUGAGGCAAAAGGACAAGAAGGCGGAGAAGGGCGGGGUGGCCGGGGCGGUGGCAGAGGCACCAGUAUCAGCCCCCCCCUCAGUCUCCUCUUACCCCUCUCCAGUCACAUCCUGCUACUCCUCUCCAGUCCACACCUCAUACCCCUCUCCCUCCAUCGCCACCUCGUACCCCUCUCCCUCCAUCGCCACCUCGUACCCCUCUCCCUCAAUCGCCACCUCGUACCCCUCUCCCUCCAUCGCCACCUCGUACCCCUCUCCCUCCAUCGCCACCACCUACCCAUCUGUCUCCAUGUCCAUGUCCAGUACAUUUCAGUCCUCCAUGGUCUCCUCCUUCCCCUCCUCCGUAGCCUCCAUCUACUCCUCUCCGGUCCCCACCCCGCUAUCAGACAUGCAUUCCACACUCUCCCCAAGGACAAUCGAGAUCUGCUAAGCAAGAGAAAAUAUACUUUUUAUUCUUUCCUCCUCCUCCCCACCACACAGUACUGUCUCUUUGAGGGGAGAAAUCAGCAUCAAAAGACAUAUUCCCCUUCUGAAAAGCACUUCUCUGCCUGCUCCCUCUGCAAGCUCUGUUCAGUGCUCAAUCCUCAGAUUCACCCGAAGAAGAGAUUAAAAUACAGGUCAAGGACCGGGCAAAGACAAUAUAGAACACGAGAAAGGAGUUUCUCCUCUCAGUUGGUAAAGCAAAUGCAGGGCUUAAAACGAGGCAUAUGAGACUUUCUCGAGCCAUAGUUGAAACAGGUAAAGACCGGUUGGUCGUUCUUAUGAGUGAAAACAUAGAGACAGACAGACAAACUGAACAUCCAGUCGAGCUGUAACUAAGGCACUAAGAGACAGACAGACGGACAGAACAUCCAGUCGAGCUGUAACUAAGGCACUAAGAGACAGACAGACAGACAGAACAUCCAGUCGAGCUGUAACUAAGGCACUAAGAGACAGACAGACGGACAGAACAUCCAGUCGAGCUGUAACUAAGGCACUAAGAGACAGACAGACGGACAGAACAUCCAGUCGAGCUGUAACUAAGGCACUAAGAGACAGACAGACGGACAGAACAUCCAGUCGAGCUGUAACUAAGGCACUAAGAGACAGACAGACGGACAGAACAUCCAGUCGAGCUGUAACUAAGGCACUAAGAGACAUUUUAUGUAUAUUGUACUUGUGCCAUGUUUUGUUAUUUUUUUCUAUUAUUUGGUACCAUUGAUGUGAAAAACAUAUUUGCAUAAUUGCAUUGUAUUAUUUGAAGUGAGCAGGGCCAUAUUUUGAAUUCUAAUACUUUCUCUGUAGUGAUGACGAUGAUGUGAUACGUUUUUGACUUUGUUUGAUGACGAAAUAAGCACUUAAUUAUUCCAGCAUGUGUUAAGAGUGAUGUUAGUUUCUCUUGUUUUGUAAAUAUCAUCCACCGGUACUAUCUUUCUCUUGCUCACAUCAUGUGACAUAUCAGUCUGUUAUGUGGACAAAAAAACUUCCCGUAAAAAAAAAAAAAAAUCCAAAAAAACCAAACCA